CUGACAAUAAAUAUUCAAAAUUACAAUAUCACUUCAAACACGUAAAGUAAUGAAUAAUUUUUUAUCCAAAUGUAAAGUUUUUUUAGAUAUUUAUUAGGGUUAUCAUUUAAUUGAUUGAUUUUUCAACACUUUAAUUUUUCUAAAUUUUUCUAACUCAUUCAAAAAAAAAUCAAUCUUUUGAGUUUCUUCUAAUGUGGAAUUUUAAAAUUCCAAACCAAAAGAAUAUAGCAUGGGACUAAACUAGAGGUUAUUUUUGGAGAAGUAAUUUUCUUUCUUGAAAAAACGACCGCCUUUUAAUCCUUGUGUAGCCUUGAGAAAAAUGCAGGGGUUUUGGAAAUUUGGCCGUCUGGUUAGGGUUCCAAGAGACAGAUCUUCAGUCCUGUUCAAUACCGAACAACUUCGUGCCGUUGAUGUUUCUUGUUUCUCGCUGCAAUGGCGCUACUCUCACAGGAAUCUGGUUUCCUCAUCAUGCUCAGCUUUGUAUGGGAAUCCAAUGCAAAUGGAAUCAAAAUGCCAAAGAGUGGUGUCAUCUUUGAAAUGCCAUGUGCUGCAGAGGUCGUCAUAUUCUUCUAAAGCAAUUGAUGUUGGAAGUGGCUCUACAGAAACUGUGAAGGAAAUAUAUGAAAAGAUUCUGAAAUCUAUUGUGGAUCAAAAGACGGCUCCUCCAAAUGCUUAUUUAUGGUCACUAAUUGCAAAAUGUGCAAACCAAGAUGACAUUAAGCUCCUAUUUGACAUCUUGCAGAGACUUCGAAUAUUUAGACUUUCAAAUCUUUGUAUCCAUGAAAAUUUCUUUUGUGCACUAUGCCAGGAAGUUACCAAGGCAUGCAUACGUGUUGGCGCCAUUACGUUUGGUAAAAGAGUAUUGUAUAAGCACAAUCUCUAUGGGUUAACUCCUAAUGUUGGAUCUGCUCACCAAUUGUUGGUGUUUGCUAAAGAGCAUAAUGAUGUUGAUCUAAUGGUCGAUAUUAUGAAACUUGUGUUGAAGAAUGAAUUACCUCUACAGCCAGGGACAGCAGAUUUGGUUUUUAGCAUUUGCUACCACAACGAUAACUGGGAGUUAAUGUGUAAAUAUGGAAAAAUGUUUGCCAAGGGAGGUGCUAGGUUACGCUAGGGUUCCUUUGACUUGUGGAUGGAAUUUGCUGCUAAAAUGGGAGAUGUCGAUUCACUUUGGAAAAUUGAGAAAAUAAGAUCAGAAUCCAUGAAUCAUCACACUAUUUCGAGUGCCUUUUCAUGUGCUAAAGCUUUGUUGAUUGAAUGCAAAUCUGAAGAAGCUGCUGCUAUCAUUCAAGUAUUUUAUGAGAAUUUACCCGUCUCUAAGAGGCAAAGCAUUACAGCAGAACUUCAGAAGCUGGUAAAUGAGUGGCCUAUAGAAGUUAUAAAGCGUCAAAAGGAGGAGAGCAGAAAGGAAUUGGCGAGAACUCUACAAAAUGGUAUUUCGGCCAUGAUCAACGCACUCUCAAGCAUAGGCGCAAAAAUGGAUGUCAAUGUGGAAAGUGUGACCAUAGGUGUGUAAAACUAAUUACAGUAGAGGAAGACUUCCAAAUGGGAUGAUGGAGAAGUGGCAGCUACUCAGAAGUGUAUCCUCUUUGGUGUCUAUAUGUGACAACAUUUGUCAUUGUUAAAUUUUUUAUUAGAGGCUUUUUAUGAACCAGACAAGCUUCUUAGCUUGACUUUUCUUGAGUAAACAAAUUUUAAUUAUUAAUUAUGUUAAAUAUAUAUUUGAUAAAAUGAGAUAAAUUAUUGAAAAUCAAUAUCCUUUGAAUGAACAGAAGAAAUUACUGAAAAUUACUUUUCCACAAAGAAUCUCUCAUUUAGUCCUUUUACUUGCAAGUUGCAAUUGCUUACUUCCACCAUCUUUCCUUCCUUGGAAUAACUUGCUUACUUUUCCACAAAGAGCUCUCAAUAAUGGCUUGGGACGUGUUUCUCUCUCUAGGCGCUGGGCAGCCCCUCGCGGCACUGUUCAUCCCUUCUUGGAUGGAAAAAGGCUGCUUUCUUGCUGGUUUGGGACUGCCUAAGGGUCCAUCUUCUUGGUCCCUUUGUGAGCCAUGAAUUGGCCGUGUUUGGUAGGGAGCAGGCUGCACUGUGGUUCGGUGGUGCAGAUUCACCACCCUGUGGUGGGUUUGCUGGGUGUGCGGCUGCUUGGUUUGGGUUUCUGACUGUGUCUUUGAAACUGCUGUACCUUGUGCUAUUAGCUACUUUAAUGGGAAA